AUGGAACUCAAAGCGCUCGCCUCUCUGGCCCGCGGCCAGCCAGGAAUCCUCCACCACAUUGCCUCCAGCCUCGUCUCCUUCGAAUUCACUCGCGGUUCGCCCCGCAAACCUAACACACUAGUCUUCGUCGGCGGGCUAGGCGAUGGCCUCGGCUCAGUCGAGUACAUGGGCGACAUCGUUCGCGCCCUCGAGACAACAGAAUGGACCGUAUUCAACCUGAUCCUGUCCUCCUCAUACGGAGGCUGGGGCAUGGGCCGACUCGGUAAAGACAUCGACGAGAUCGCACAAACAGUCAACUACAUCCGCGAAUAUAAGACCCCCGUAUACGGCGCCGGCAAGGUCGUCGUCAUGGGCCACUCAACCGGCAGCCAGGAUGUCAUGCACUACCUCAACUGCCCGAACCCGCGACCCGCACACCCAAUCUUCGACAAAGAUGCCCCCGGCAUAGUCCGCCCACAGAUUGACGGUGCCAUCAUGCAAGCACCUGUCUCAGAUCGCGAGGGUAUCCUGUGGGUAAUCAAGUGCGGCACAGCACGGGAUAGCCCCGAGACCAUGCGCGAGCUUUAUAACAAGGCUGUCGAGGACGCCCGGCGCCAAACAUACGAAGACAAUGACUCAGUCGAUACACUUGUCCCGCUCUCAGUAACAGGGCGCAUGGGGUACCCGACCACGGCACCAGUUAGCAGCCGACGAUUCCUGAGUCUGGUCAGUCCCGACAGUCCCGAAAAGCCGGAGGAAGACGAUCUAUUCAGCUCGGACCUGAGCGAUGCUCAGCUCAAGCAGACAUUCGGACAAGUUGGUACUCGGGGGCUACUGGCACAGAAGUUGUUGGUGCUGUACUCUGGUCGGGACCAGUCUGUUCCCCCCUGGGUGAACAAGGAAGAACUGCUUAAGAGGUGGCAAGCGGCUAUCAACUCUGGUGGCCGGGAGUACUGGGACCAUCGCAGUAUGGUUAUUCCGAAUGCAUCGCAUGCUCUGAGUGAUUCGGAUCAGGCGGAGCCGCGGCGGACCCUGGUUGAGAGAGUGACGUCUUACUUGGAUGAUAUUCAGAAAUCUUGA